GAAUAUGAUGUAUGGUUAUCUUGAAUAAUGGUGGGGGAAGCCAGAAAUCGCUUAAAUGAGAAACAGUUGAAGGUUAAAUAUUUCAAGGGUCCACAUUUGUCGUCUCUUGAACAGACAGAGUACUUGGUGGUGCGGAGAAUUCCUCAUCCACCUAGCAGUCAUGCAGUGUUCAUUCUUAUUUCUUGCCUCAUGCAUUCUCAGUGGACUGAAAGAACUGUUCAAAGAUGAGGUGUGCUACGAAAACGAAAAAGUCGGCUGCUUUAAGACAGGGUACCCGUGGAGAUCACUAACAGCACGACCGUUCUUCCCUCCACCACAGAGUCCAUCGGUUGUCAAUGUCACUGUCACCGUCUUCACCAGAAAUACUGGGCCUACAAUUGAAGACGGACAUAUGGUGGAUAUUGGGAAUAUAAUCGGUUUCAAUGACAGAGAUUUUGACGCAGCACGUAACAAGACUUUCUUCAUCAUACAUGGAUUCAUUGAUACAGGGAAAAAGGAUUGGUUGAGGAUUAUGAAGGACGAACUUCUGAAAAAGGAAGAUGCAAAUGUUUUUAUUGUGGGUUGGGGAAGAGGUUGGUUCGAUAUCAUUCAUUAUCCACAAGCUGCAUCGAACGCAAGAGUUGCAGGAGCUGUGUUAGCCAGAUUCAUCGAGCAUUUAAAUAGUGAAUACAACCUUCCGCUAGACAAAAUCCAUCUGAUUGGCCACAGUCUCGGAGCACAUGUUGCCUCUUACGCAGCUAAACGUAUGAAAGGAAUUGGGCGAUUAACAGGUUUGGACCCGGCUCAGCCUGGCUUUGAAGACACGCCAAUUGAAGUGCGAUUGGAUAAAACAGAUGCACUAUUUGUGGACGUUUACCAUACUGACAUGCGACCAUUUUUCCCAUUAGGAGGAUUUGGAAUGAUUAAUCCUGUCGGUGAUGUUGAUAUCUAUUACAAUGGUGGCUACUAUCAGCGCGGAUGUGGUGCAAUCCCUUUACUUGUGAAAAUUAGAAAUUGGGAUGAUAUUGCAAAACUAUCAAACAAUGCGUAUUUGGUAUGUUCUCACAUACGUGCUUAUCAGUACUUCACAGCAUCAAUCAAUAGUAAAGAUUGUCAGGUCUGGGCUGGUAAAGUCAAGAUGCCGGAUAAAAAUCGUAUCACGUCUGCGACGUUUGGUAGUCAACCGGUUUACUCUUUGGUGAAGACUUGUUCCUUGAAAACGUGCACUGUAGCAGGCUACAAAGCUGAUACACCCGGCCUGCCAAGAGAGGGCGUAUUCUCCGCUAUUACUGUUCUUAAAGAUCCUCCAUAUUGUGAUCCCAAUCAUGGGGGCAUGAUUGUGGAUAAGAACAUUUUGAGCAAGAUGGAAAGAUAUACAGAGGAUGAGUCAACAAUCGAAAUAUCAUCUGAGAUUCCCCAGGUGGCAACUAUGGAAAACGAUGACAUGGAUGAACAGGCUGAUGAUUUUAUGUUCACAUCUGAGUCAGGAAGUCAGUACUUCAAUGAAGAUGAUUUGUAUGAAAUAGUCACAAGUAGACAUUGAUGCAAUCUUCCCACUCUCGCAUCUUCAGAAAUUGCGCUUUUUAUAGAAGGCAUCAAGCAGGAUACUGAAGAAAUGUUAUUGAUGACAAUUGAAUAAAAAUUAACCAUUAAAGAAAUCACGAAGCAAUGUA